ACGUGUACUUUUCUGGCAGCUUCCAGAAAAGAAAACAUAUUCCUAAUUUCUUACGUUUUCGAAUCUUAAAUUUAUUAUAUUUUGUAUUCUCUUUUCAUUAUUUCAUAUCAAUUCAAGGAGACAUAAAUAAAUUAAAAAUGAUAAUACCAAACGAAGAUGAUUGCAAUUCGACUCUCUUCUAUGCCCGCAAUGAAUAUUAUGUUGGGAAUUUUAUGGGUUCAAUCAACGUAGUUCUGCCUGAACAAUCUAGUGGCAAUUCCGAACUCUUGUCCUACAUGUAUCUCUCCUAUCUGGCCAUUGAUUCGGGUCGAUUGAUAUUGAGUGAUAUCAAGGAGAAUAACUCAACACCGCUCCUGGCUCUGCGCUACGUCCAUGAAGCCAUUGAAAAUCCAACUAAAAUUGAGGAAAUCUUGCAGAUUAUCAAUGAGAAAUGCUGUGCGGAUGAAGAUGAAACGAAUAUUUGGCAUCUUGCUGCUGCAAUUAUAUAUUGCCACGAUGACCAGUUCGAAAAUGCAUUGAAAAUUCUUCAUGGAUCUGACAAACUAGAAUCUCUAGCCCUCUCAAUUCAGUGUCUGCUUGCUCUUAAUCGUGUCGACCUAGCCAAGCAAUUAUUGAGUAAAAUGCAACAAACCAGUGAUGAUGCAACUCUAACGCAGUUAGCCCAAGCUUGGAUUGCCAUUUCAACGGGCACAGAACAAAUGCAAGAUGCAUUCCAUAUCUUCCAAGAAUUCUGUGAGAAAAAUCAACCAACACCAAUGCUGUUGAAUGGACAAGCAAUAUGUCAUCUGGGACAGGAGCACUAUGAAGAAGCCGAAUCGGUUUUGCGUGAAGUGCAAACUAAAAAGCACAACGAUUACGAUAGCUUGGUCAAUAUGAUGGUUUUGUCACAUUUAAAUGGCAAAGGGAAUGAGAUUGUCGAUCGGCACUUGGAACAAUUGAAACAAUUUUAUCCAAAAAGCGACUGUAUCAGUGAGUUAGAGAAGAAGUCAAUUCAGUUCGAUCGCCUCUGUCUGCAAUACUCACCAAGUACUGAAAAGGAUUCCUCUUUAAUUGUUUAGUUUAAUUUGAAAUUUAAUGCAAAAUUAAUAAAAAAAGGAUUUAUUAUCAUUGAAAAAAUA